AUGUAUUCGCUCCUGUUCACCGUCAUCUGCUUCUGGUGUGUUACUGUAACUGCGGCUGCACCUCCAAUAUUACUUCCAACACCGAAGGGCCCAUAUGAGGAAAAACUUGUGGAAUAUGGCGCUUAUAAUGGAACUGUUCUUCAAGGACUUCUCGUUUACCAUAAAUCAAUCUUUCCAAAGAAAGCCACGCCAGCCGUAAUUGUCUUCCAUGCGUUCACUGGCAGGACAGAAUUCGAAAACCAGAAGGCUCGCGACUUGGCUAAGACAAAAAUCAAAAUGUCUCGUCUUGAGCUUGGAUACGUUGCCUUUGCUGCCGACGUAUAUGGCAAGGGUGUGGCCACGAACGAUACAAACGCGAAUUUUGCCAUAAUGGGACAACUUCUAGCCGAACGUACCACAACACUUCAGCGAAGAGUUCGAGAUGCGUGGAAUUAUGUGAAAAGCUUGUCAUACGUCAAAGAUCAGAAGAUAGGCUGUACCGGUUAUUGUUUCGGUGGGCUGACUUGCUUGGAUCUGGCACGAUUCGAUGUAGGUUUGCAGGCGGCAGUCUCAUUCCAUGGAACAUUGACAAACUAUCCAGGAAACAAUGCCUCUAUUGGAGCCUCAGUUCAAGCACAUCACGGCGACAUUGACCCUCAUACUACCAAUCAAAAUGUGAGUGAUACCGUACACAGUAAUCCAACAAUCUCUUGCAUAAGAUACGUUAUGCAUGAGAGUACCUUACAGGCUGCUGAAUUCCUCGAUGAAAUGAGAGCAAGACAAGCGGAUUGGCAUUUCACCUCAUAUGCCGAUGCACAACAUGCUUUUACCGUACCAUGUAGAGAAAUUCUUGCAGGGGCAGCCAACUGGGGAAUCCCUGGAGCAGCAUACAAUGAGAAGGCCGAUAAACGAGCCCACAGAGCCAUGGAAGGAUUUCUUGCAGAGAAACUUCUCAAUUAG